AUGAGUUCUGUAGCUGAGCGGCAAAAAGUGGAUCACUUAAGACUUGAUCGAGAUCAAAUAACAACAGUAAAGGAGCUUGGGAAUGGCAACUUUGGUCAAGUGUCCAAAGCAGUUUACAAACCUUUGAUUUCCGAAGUGGCUGUCAAGUCUUUGAAAGGUGCCUAUUUUACUUUCUUUACCACGUCUAACUUUUCAGUAACUGGCACUGAAAUUUCUUCUCUUACCAAAGGGUAAAGGAUAUAAAGAGGUUUCCUUUCUAAAGCUCCUGUCGUUUGAAUCUUCAUUUAUGUUUUAGGCAACGCUUCAAAGAAGGACUUGCAAGACUUGCUGACUGAAUUGGAUCUCAUGAAAACCUUGAUGCCUCAUCCUCAUGUUGUUAAAUUCAUUGGCUAUUGUAUUGAGAAAGGUACUGGAAAUUAUGAUUGCUUUUUAUUUUCUGCUUUUUUUGCUGAAUGACUAAUUCUCUAUAAAUGGAACGUCUAGCACAUUGAAUUGACUGAUUCAGCACCGUUACACAAUUCUAGACCCACAUCUCCUAGUGUUGGAGUAUUUACCAUAUGGUGAUUUGUUGGGAUAUCUGCGCAAAAGCAGAGGAAUUGAGGAUCCUUAUAACACAGGAGAAAAGAGACCAAGCUCAACGCUCACAGAAAAGGACCUCUUGUCCUUUGCGUGGAUGAUCGCUGAUGGUAUGAGCUAUUUGUCAUCAAUGAAGAUAAACUCUACCAUACCACACCCACCAAAUUUCAUUACGCUUUAAGGUCAUGUGUGACGUAAAAAGUAAUAUCUUAUACAACAAACCUUUAGAAUACAACUGUAUUCUACAAUUCUAUGAGGAAUGGUUAUCAAUGGAUCAUCUCUUGGUCUGCCAUGUUUAUUCUCGAGCUGAAACCAGCCAACCUCCUCACUUUUCAUGAUCACUGUUAUGUCUACCCAAAACAAGUGAUAUUAAGUAAGAUGAAAAAAGAAUAGCAAGUAGAGCUUAUAUUAAAACGUCGGCGAAUAACAUGCUCAUGCUUGUUUCAGAUCGUUCAUCGUGAUUUAGCAGCUCGCAACGUGUUAGUUGGGGACGAUAAAGUAUGCAAGAUUUUAGACUUUGGUUUAGCUCGUGGUUUGAAGGAAGAUGUAUACACGAGAAAAACACAGGUGACUACAACCCGAGGCUAUCUCAAUAUAACUACAAAGCUUUGCGCCAAUAUUUAGAAAUUUUUCCCUAGCCAAUUUACUAAAAGUCAUUUUUAACUCUCACUUUUCUUUUGCUCGAAAUUUUAAUCGAGUUUAUGUGACGCGAACCCGAAGCUAUCUUACAAUACACAAUAACUUCAAAGCGUUGCACCAAAACUAGUUUAUCUUCCUAUUUGACAAUCAGCUACCUAAUGCAAUGUAUAUUUAUUUUUAGUUUCCUUUCGUUUAUAUUUUAUUCUAACUUUUCCUAAUGAUUAAUUUUUUCAAGACUCGUCUGCCAGUUAAAUGGAUGCUCCCGGAAUCUCUCUUCUAUGGUUUAUCUUCCACAGUGAGUGACAUGUAAGUUGUUUACCUCUGUUACCUCUUAAAUAACGUUAGCUCGGAACAGUCGGUACGCUAAGGAGAUAUAACUUUCGGAAAGGCUCAGGUUAUUAGGUAGUCAGCGGUUCGUUUUCCUUUGUAAAUGAUUUUUGGAACAGAACUUGAAAGUUUCUCAGUUAAAAGCACCUUUUCUUUCGAGUCGUUUCGAGCGGGAAACCGAAUGGUGCGCGUUCAGCUAAUGGUAUCAAAGAAUCAAGUAAUAAUGUCUUUGAUUGCCAAAGCUACCCUUGUAAUAACGAAAAAAGGUUUCCAUUGUAUAUAUAAUAUUAUUUUUACAGACUCAUGCUAAUAACAAAAAAGCAUAUAACGUAAUUUUUUUCCUUCCGUCUGCUGUCUACAGAUGGUCUUACGGCAGUGUGAUUUGGGAGGUGUUUACUAUUGGUAUGUAGAUUAUUGUGAAGAACUCUAAAGCAGUUAAUAAUUAGAAUCUUUAUGCUUUCUUGCCUUCCAAAUUUUCUUUCCAAGAGAAUAGAAUGGGUCUAUGCCUUGGUAGCUAAAUCUUAGAUUCUUACAUUAUUACAGGUUUCACAUUGUAUAACCAGCAACAACAUAGUUAACAAUUUCAAAGGUUGACCAGAGUUUCUAUCCUAAAACCUUUAACACGAUUGAGAUGCUAUCUCCUCAGUCGCUAUAAUUUUGCGACUCCAUAAUGGUUACUAUUCGAACAAGCAGGUAGAAACCAGGAGAGCUUUUGAUUGGUCUGGUAAAAACCGGUCAGAAUUUUCUUUAAAAAAAAAAUAUUAAGGUUGUUUUUCUUCAUGUACAAAAUCUAACUUUUCAUGUACAAAAUCUAACGAAAAUAGAACAGAAUUAGUGUCUAUACUGCUUGUGCAGACUCGACUUUUGUUUCUCUGCGCGAGCUAAAGUUCCACUAUUUGCAACGGUAACCAAAUGUUUCAUUCAAAAUUUAGUACUUUGUUAUGGUAGUUGAGGGUUGCAACAAUAGUAAAGUGGCUUUCUUGUGUGUGUUGUUUGAUAAUUCCAGUAAAAAGGGUAAUGAGAAUCAAUUUGUAUGUGUAACUUCUCAAGAAGAAACCCAUAAAAAGACAUAUCAUAAGGGGAUGAGUUUUCCGAAUCGAAAAAGAGGGCCCAGGCCUUAUAUCAGAGCCAGUCGUAGUAUGCGCUUAAAAUAAUAGCACUUCCAUGGUUACUCUUUGUUAGCAAACUUAUUAUUCUUGUUGGACAACAUUUUUCCUUACUAACUUUUGAUCCCAAAAUAUUUGACUUUGGACUUGUAAUUUAAAACUAUAGAAGUGUUUGGGUAUCCUGCACCAAAAAAAAGUGGGAGGGGAGGGUGGAAAUGGCACGAUUAUUACAUUUUGGGAAAGGAAACGAGAACAGUUGAAAUAACUUUAUAUUUUGCACUCACAUUAUUCUGUUUUUCUCGAUAAUCUCAUCUCAAUGGAUGAAUCUUUUUUUCACCAAAAGUUCCGGAUUGCAAAACUCUUUGAGCAGGAACUUAGUUGAUGGACUGAGGAUGAAACUUUAACACUAGGAUGGAUUUCAUAGAUUUGCCCGACAAAGAAUUCUCCAACUUUUUAUUCGAAACACGUCUCAUCUAUUUGAUCUGUUCUAUAGCCAUACGUGAACUUGGAAGUCUACGACAGGGAAAGCUACAUCAAAUUCGAUUGUUGACGGACUACGAGUGGUAAAAAAUGUCGUAUUUCCCCAAACAAGACUGGAGCGUGGAAGUCCAGCGAAUUUUACGUUAUUAAGAACUAUUUUAAUCCUUCAUCUCCUUUGCUCCAAAUGAGAUAAGAUAUUGUUAAAGAUCCUGUAUUAUGAUCUUAGCACAGUGUUUCUGGAGAUUUCGUAAGAAAAUGAGGACCUUUUCUAGAUAUGAGUUUCCUUCUGAAAAUCUGCUUGGUUAGAUGCUUAAUAUAAUAGCAAGCUAUAUUCAUAUCUCAUUUUGAAAAACAAGAACAAGAACAUACCGGAUUCUAUUUAAUUUUAGUCCACUUUAAGUCUAAAAUCCCUCAAGAUUAAGUUUUCGGGAAAACUCUGUAAAUAAAUCCGUGUAAUUUCGUAUCUUGCGAUAUUUUAUAGUUUUGAAAGCGGAAAUUAGCGAGCUACUAUGAAGCAGUCAAGUGGCACGCAAUUAUUGAACAAAGGAAAUUUCGCUUCGAGAAAUAUCCUUCAGCAACCCUUUUAAUUCCUAUCUCCGCACUUAAGAGUAACAAGCUGGAAAUAAGUAAUUCCAGUGUUUGGAGAUUCUAAAGAGUAAAGAAACCACGCGUAUAUAGUCGAAUUUUGGGUUUUGUUCAGUGAAAGAUCUCUAUGAAUUUUUGUUUGUUUUGUAACAAUGAUUUUGGAACGCUAUAUUUGAUUCUUUAUUGUCUUUAUUCUACGUCACGCUUAAGCUUGGCAGGUUCCAACAAGGAGAAUAAAUACUGAUCUUAGGCACAGUUAAAGACAACACUUAGUAGCUAAGUUUAUUGUGAGAUCAGUCAUAAUUUCUUAUAUGCUUUUCUGUGGCGGGGAUAAAAAUUACAUGGUAGUUAAAAAGCUUGCCUUCAUUUUCUUCGUCAUGUCCUGCAUUCCUGUAAAUAGCUUUAGUAGAAAUUAACGUCAAUGAUAUCUGUUGUAAAAUUCACGAUCUGUUACAAGAGUGGAGGAAAUAUCACAGGGCUCUAGAUGCCUUCCAAAGCCCUAAGGCUUCACAACGCCAUAAGUAUGUCACUUUGAGAAUUCUUGGUGGUCAUAUGUGAAGCUUUUUUGCAUAUUAACCUUGGCAAACUUUUUCUUUCAAUCGGUUCCUUUUUUUUCUAAGGAAUUUUUUGGAAGAGAUUUUAGUUCAGGUACGACACGAAAUAAAUUGAAUUUGAUGUUAAUCAAUGAUACAUCUGCAGUUUCCUUAGUAUUUUACUUCAUAAGUAUACAAAGCACUACUAUACGAUUGUUACACUACGUACCCACAGCGUCUAUAUAUUGGCGCAGACCGACGUUACCAAUGGCGCAAGUCUUUCCAAACAAAGGCUAGCGUACGGAAGUCUAGUAUCAUUUGUUGGUUUUAUCCAGCUCAGUUAGCUAGGGUUUGCGGGCUCUCAGUUCUGUUCCAGUCGGAGUAAGAGAGUCUUCAAUUUGUAAAUUGUAACCAUUGUGCGGGUAGAUACCUGUAAACACAUUUAGCAGACAUGCCACGUGUAACCGAGAGAUAAUGCUUUAUGAUAAAGUAAAGCUAGGCGGAUUCUCAGAGUUUGCUUCCUCAAUUUCAUUCCAUUUCGUCGGGGUACAAAUGCCUCUGCAUGUAUGAUAAUUAGCUGAUAAUUGGGUGACUUUACCUCCUUAGUAUUCAUGUAGAAGUGAAAUUAAAAAACUGCUUGCUGCCCAAGAUGCGUAAGGGUUCGUUCUUUACUGGUGUGUUUUACCAGAAAGUACAUUUCGUGUCAUUCUUACGGAGGAAAUCGUUUGAUUAGCGAAAAAAUGGACCCUCAAGUUUAGUUUGAUAUUGAGAUUGUUUAAAAAUUCCUAACAUUGGUAAUAAAAGCUUAAGCAAAAGCUUGUACUCCACAUGGUGUAAAAAAAAGGUAAGUAAACUGAUUGUUGCUUGCCAGUAGUUUAAUUAAUACAUGUAAAAGCAUGUUUAAACUAUUUUUACCCCCUGGUUAUUUUAAAAGGCUGCAUUAAAGUUGCAACGAAGGUUUUGUAUCAUUCAUUCGGUCUCUUCUUCAAAGAAAUAGUAUUGGAUUGUCUUUGAAAGAGAGCGAAAAACGUCCAAUAUAAAUUUUGCUAAAUUUAGUACAAUGGCCCAAGUUUCGGUAGACCGUUAUUGUCGGCUGCAAGCUAAAACGUCAAACCUUGAUUUCUCGCGCUCUCUAAUACAUUUGUACCUUUCACUAGACUCCUGGUCUUGCUUUAAUAAGGAAGUUUUUUGUAUCAUAAUUUGAAGAAAACAAUUACUUUAAUAUCAGUUUAUCUGUUUUCAUCUUUCAAUUAUCCUUGUAAUCGUAGGAAUUUUAUCAGUUUUAGUCAUGGGGCCUCCUUUAAACUCAAUCUCAUUCCUGUUUUUGGGAUAUUAAUUCGAAUAACAGCUUGUGAUGAACAAACAAAUAAAAUCUAUCGGCUGACACGAGAUAUUUAACAUCAAAAUUUUGCUGCUAACGAAGAAACAUAGCCAAACUGACGAAAACAUGUCUUUGAUAUUUGGGAAAGCUGACCUAACCUAUUCUACGUGAAAUAUAAAAUGAAAUAUGCAAUGUUAUCGCAACGCCAUGUAACCAUUCAACAUAGGACAAAAAGGGAUGUAAAUCUGUGCCACAUUAGUAUGUCUUGAAUGAUUAUGGAGUUUUCGCUGGUGUAAAAAAUCUAAAAUAAAAUGCGUCAAUAUAGACCUCUUUUCAUGGGAAACCACCAAAGUUUUACUAAUAAGCAAAGAAUACUUUAGCACAUUUUUUUGCCAUAUAUAUAUCAUAACUACCUGGAAUGCAAAUGUAUAUGACAGCAUUUAUAAUUGAUCGAGCAUGAUACUUUUCCCAUUCAAAAGGCUCUUCAGUAGGUUUAUUAAAGCGGAAGUAUUAGUGAUAGCAGUCUAUUUCGUCAAAGUUCAAAACACGGAGCUGAGUUAAAGCUGUCACGCCAUCGGCAAAAAAGCAUCUCGAAAUCCAACUUCCACGCCGACCGAAACGAACGCCUCAAACAACAAUAUGGUGUUGAUGAUUUAGUUCUAUUCAUUAGCUAAGUGUUAAGUAUCGAUGCAUUACUCAAUAUUCGGUUGUGGCUCAAAGAGAAAAACAGUUUAGGUCGAUAAAGAAAACAAGUUUUCACUGGUCAGGGAGCAUCCGAGUGAGAGAAAGUUAAACUGGGGGGCCUUCGCAUUUCUCUUUUUCUGCUUCAACCCUUGAGUAAAUUGUUAAAACUUUUUUUUCAACAGUUCAUGGCGUGACACAUGCAAAAUGGAUCACCGGUUGACUGCAAUGCUCACUCUCCCCAUGAUUGUAACCUUUUCAUCAGCGGAUCAAGGUACGGUAUAAUUGCUUGUGACAUUAAGUAAUGAGGUAAAUCAAUUUGCGUAGAUUUUUUUACGGAAGCAUGUUUAAGAGCCGAUAGGUUAAAGCAUACUACGAAAUUUACCAAUAUUUACAUAUACAAGAAACAAAAAAUAAAAUAAUAAUGAUAAUAAGAUUUAAAGUCACUUAAAGACUUAUGUGCAAUUCAUUUAUUUCUUUAAAAGAUAUUAUUUAUCUAAAGUACUACUUGUUAUUUCACAUCAUCGAUUCUUCAUCACAAUAAUUUGGGAUAUGAGCUAAUUAUGGUUGGCAUGCAGUUUUUCAGUUUUUUUCACUGAGAAGUACUUUUUAUGAGUGCAUUAUUGACCUGAUUUUGACGUUUGUUCUCCAAAGUCAUUUUAGAAAAACAGCCAACACCAUCUGAGAACUGGAUCUGGGAAACAUCGACGGCGCGAAUAGGUGGACUUAUUGGGGUAAGCACUUAUAUUUCAACUAAUUUUUGUGAAAAGCUCCUUAAAGGUCACUAAGUUUUGAGAGCAAGAGAUGAUCAGACAGUAUUUAAUUGGCUGGCUAAGUUCAAAUUUCCAGGGCACCUCCUUCAAGCAUUUCUAAAUUACGCCCCUUUUUCCGCUAACUGCUUAUAAUGCUAAAGCUAAUCUAUCCUUCAAGAUUGAAUUAAUUCUUUGAAAAUAGACAAGAAUUUUUUCAUGAAGGUUUUCUCCUUUGAAAUGGUUCGUUUAGCUAUAGGUUUACUUCAUGAAGCUGGAAGUUAAAACAUGGAAUGUUCACAAUUAAAACCCCCAAACACUGUGCUAUAAUAAAUGAAAUCUAGUGUACUUCGGUUACAAUCGAAAACAGCUCUUUCCUUACUGGAUAGAACCUAAUAACCUCCUGAUAUAUUAUUUUAACUGAUUAAUAGUGGGUAAAGCAGACAUAUUAUUCAACCUGUGAUAUUUCUCUGGUUGGACACUCACAACCAAACAACUGGCUUCGAAGUGAUCCUAUUAAGGUCCACAGUGGAGUGAAAGCAGUCCACAUUACCAUUGAGUACCGAACGUUAAAGUGUUCAUCCUAUCCUGACAAUGGAGGGAAGUAUUGCAAAGAGUACCUCGACUUAUACGUACAUCAAUCCGGGCAAUCAACGGAACCCCACCCUCUAACAAACAAUGCUUCCUAUGACAAGAUUGCUAAAACAGCUCCGUCAGCUCUUGGUAUCAGAGUGUCUCAAACGUUUAGUAUAAAUGUUAGAGGAAAGUACAUCGUAUUGGCUUUUCAUGACCAGGGUUCAUGUACUGUCGUUUUCUCUGUCGCUGUUAAAUAUUACUUCUGCCCAGAGACAGUUCAUGAUGGUGGUUUGGUGUACUUACCACGUACAAUUGCUCCAGCAAAUAACUCAGAGCCGGUUGUAAGUAAUUGUACUAACAAUGCCGUCCACGAGCAAGGUAUUUUAAAGGUGAACUGCCAAAGCGAUGGGGUCUGGAACUUGAGUUCACUGAACGGAAGAUGUAUAUGCAUGGAGGAUAUGGAGAAUACGAGGGGGGAAUGCAAAGGUAUAUAUAACUACAGUAACAUAGAAGUGCAGUGGUAAACCAUUCUUUAGAACUAAAACCCUUUCAGGGUGGCAACAUGAUUAGAAAAAUAGAUGAUUCAUUUUAGCUCGGUAAUAAAAUAGAGUAUCAAGAGUAAAAAUCAGCGAAAGUCCAUUGAAAUUACGUUUCAGUGAUUCAUUAUCAUUUUCAGAUUAUAAAAGUCAGAUUCCGAUGAGUUCUUUAGAUACUAAAAAAGCGCGUAAAAGUCUCGUUGCAUGUGAUCAAAAACUCUACAAUGUGGAAAAUAGAGAGUAUUAAUAAAGUACCGAAUAUUUUUGCAUUAAUUGAGUCAGAUUGAGUGUUCAUUUUAGGGUUUUUUUUUAUGAAGAGCAUUUCGUAAAUAGGCAUUCAAAUUUCCCACGACAUGUCUUACGGAUUGUAAAAUGUUCGUGUAGAUCUUUGUUCCUCUGACUGUGGGCGUCACACAGGUGUUUUCCAGCAGCCAAGAGCUUCUGUCUUAUAUAUAUAUAUAUAUAUAUAUAUAUAUAUAUAUAUAUAUAUAUAUAUAUAUAUAUAUAUAUAUAUAUAUGAAGGAAACAUGUGAGAUGGCUUAUUUAAUCGGGUGGUCGCUUAAUUUACAUGGUCUUUUUUCCUUCAAAAUAAUAAAGAAAAUAGACAGUUAAAAAUAAUUCAUACAAUAUGAUUCCUGAAUAAAUAUAGUUUGUAUUCCUCUUAUUACAUAUCCUAAUUCAGUUAUACCGUCAGCCCCCAAAAAUGUCCGAGUUAUCUUCGUUAACCAAAGCGCGUUGAAGUUACAAUGGCAGCCUCCUGUAGAGACCGGAAAUCAGACCCACGUGUUUUAUGACAUUGACUGCCGAAUGCCGUGUGAAGACAAAGACGAGGACAAGUGCGCGAGUAAAGUUUGCGGAAGUGACGUCAUUUUUACGCCAAAAAAAGAAAGGCUUGAACGUUUCCCACGUUAUUGUUGGAAAUCUAUCUUCAUUUGA